AUGCCUAAGCCCAGAACAAAACGACAAGCGAUUCGCGACGAGCGAAAGCAGAAGAGGAGGGAGACCCACGAGGCCAACUUCGAAGAACGGCGAGCCAAGCGCAGACGCACCGAAGACGAGACCGAAGAAAACGCGGAGCCUGCCAACGACUACGAGAAUGACGGCGAGCAACAGCAGUCGUUCCCCAGCAAUGGCCCCGAGAGAGAGUUUUUCGGCAUGCUCGCCGACGAGGAGCAGGAAUACUUCCGCCGCGCCGACGAACUUCUCGAGUUGAACCAAUUCCCUACCACGGAAGAGCGCGACGUCUUUCUGCAGAACAUCUACAAGGAGGCCCAGGGCAAGGAGCUCAAGCUCGCUAGCAGUCAAUCGCUGUCGCGUUUGAUGGAGCGCUUGAUCUUGCUUUCGAAUAUCAAGCAGAAGAAGCAGAUCUUCAAUGCUUUUGCAGGCCACUUCCUGUCGCUUGUUCAGCACCGAUUCGCCAGUCACUGCUGCGAAACACUGUUCUUGCAGUCUGCCCCGGUCGUUACACAGGAGCUGGGUGGUAUUGUUCCCGAAACGCAGGAUGAGGAUGAUACGGAGAUGCAGGAUGGCGAGGAAGCAAAGGAGGACACGACUAUGGAGAAUCUUUUCCUCAUGACAUUGGACGAGUUCGAGCAACACAUGGGCUUCCUGCUCACUGACCGAUUCGGAUCCCACACCCUGCGAGUGCUCCUCGUUGUCCUCUCUGGUCGCCCGUUGGAGGACUCAGCAACAAAGUCGCUGCUGAAGAGCAAGAAGAAGGAGCACAUCUCUGUCGCGGGAGCCGGUGCUGCUUCUCAAGAUCUCAGCCAAGGGCUCAGAGCCGUCCCCGAGUCCUUCAUAAUGGCAACAAAGAAGAUCAUCCAGGAUGCCGUCGCCGGCAUGGACUUCACCGCUUUGCGUGUUCUCGCCAAGCACCCAACCGGCAACCCUCUCCUGCAGCUCCUGCUGGAGCUCGACAUCUCCCUCAACCACAAGAGCGACAAGUCUUCGGCAGCGGCAAGCAAUGAGACUCUGCUGUACAGGCUCUUGCCUGACGCCCCGAAGUCCCUCAGCGACAGCACCUCGCAAGCGGCGGACUUCGUCAACAGUAUGGUCUACGAUCAGAUCGGUUCCCGUCUUCUCGAGACCCUCAUCACGCACUGUCCCGGCAAGAUCUUCAAGGCCCUGUCGCAGAACUUCUUCGGCGAGCGCAUCGCGACGUACGUCCGCAACGACAUUGCCUCGUACCCUGCUCUCCGUGUCCUCAACCGUGUCAGCAAGGAUGACCUUGUCGAGGCCGUCCAGAAGAUCAUUCCGAUUGUCCCGACCCUGGUUUCCAAGGCCCGCUACAACGUCCUCAAGACCCUCUUCGAGCGUUGCGAGGCCCGUGGUGCCUACGAGGAGAAGGCUGCUCUCACCAGGGCGCUGACCCAAGCACUCGGGUCCGACCCCAAGGACCUCGUGCCUAAGCUCUGCCAUUUGGUCGAGGAGGAGCCCGUUGAAGAGGAGAAGUUCCAACAGUCACAGGCUCCCCAGAACAAGAACGCCAUCGCCGCACACGGCGCACACCUCGUGUCAGCCAUGCUCAGCAUCCCCGGUCAAUCUGCGAAGGUCGCCCAGAAGUCCCUCACCUCCCUCACCUCCGACCUCCUCUUCAAGCUCGCGACACAAUCCAUGGCGACCGUGAACGUCCUCACAACAGCACUCGCCAGCCCUGCCGCGCAGCAAAACGAGUUCUUCCACAAGAUCCUCAUCGGCGCCCUCGCCCCGCUCGUCGGCGACUUGGCAGAGUCUCAGACCGGCCACAACGUGGUCAACGCCAUCGUCGACGUCCCCUCGCGCGGCAAGGACCGCUCGGUGCCGUUCCACCUCAAGCAGACCAUCAUGUCUUCGCUGGCGGAGCACGAGCGGGCGCUGCGCGAGUCGUGGUUCGGACGCAGCGUGUGGCGCACGUGGAAGGGUGACAUGUGGAAGACGAGGCGGUCGGACUGGGUCAAGUGGGCGAAGGAGGUCGACGGCCCUGCGGAGGAGAUGAAGCUGAAGCCGUGGGAGAGGAGGAAGCUGGAGCAGCAGCGAAUGGGGCAGGUCAAGCCGCAGCAAAAGGAGAGGAAAGAGAGGGUUGAGGCGGAGGCUGAGGCAGAAGCAGAGGCGGAGGUCGAAGCGAACGGGGAAUAA